GGGCGGGUGGAGCAGGUGUCGGGCAGCGGGGAGCUCGAGCGCGUCGCGACCCCAGGAGGAGCGGCCUCCGGGGCCCCGCGGACCCAGACCCCUGCGAUGCCGGGGGCAGUCGUUCAUCACUGAAAAUGCACGCUUAAAGCUGUACAGUGUGAAGGCCAUGUGAGGACACAGUGAGAAGGUGGCCACCUGCAACCCAGAGGGAGAACAUCAACCCUCCUGGCACCUUGAACUUGGCCCUCCAGCCUCCAAAACCGUGAGGAAGAUGUUCUGCUGUUUAAGCCACUCAGCCUGUGGCAUUUCGCUCUUGCAACCCGGCUAAGACAGGGAGAGAGUCUUUGAUGGGUAGUAGCAAAGUCUGACCAAUUCCUGUGAUGGAAGUUGCAGUAGGACAGUAAGAGAGCUAUGGGGCCUCUUUUUUAAUGGCAAGUCUCAAACUCACAAAAGCAGAGAGGACCUAACAAACUCCACAUGCCCAUCAGCUAGCUUCAGCAAUUCCGGCCAGCUUCUGGCCCUUCACCGGCCCCAAGCACACUCAGGCCCAGCGCCCUAGCUGGCAUUGCCUCCAUGAAGCAGAUGCCCUUGUGCCCGCUACCAGGCCUCCGUGGCAGUGGAGACUCGCACUGCUCAGGGCAGACUGUGCGGAGACGGUUCUCAGCAUAGCAAGCACAGAGACGGAUGUACAGAUGCAAGGACUCUCCUGUACCUGCGUCAGGGAUGUGAGGUCACGACUGCAUGCAUGGAGGUGCUGCAGUCACCCUGUGACCAUGAGGGACAAGCUAAGAGACCUGAUGCCUUAGAAGUCACAGGGCCAAGCUCAACAUCAAGGAAGAAAGCCAAUAAUUGGGAAUGAUAGAAUCUACCACCCUUCUGGAACCCACAACCAAAUCAAGCAACGGUCCAUCAGGAAAACGUCAAGCGACCAUAGGUGUCUGGGGUCACGGGAAAUCAGGGGCUUGCACCGAAUGAGGUGGGGGAGGAAAGUCAGGGAAACUGUUGCCACGACCUCAGCCCAAGCACCGAGGUGGACGGUCUGGAGCUCGCGGGGGUCCGCUGACGUCCCCAGCCCUGGAGAGCCCUCGCCCGUCUCUCGUCUGCAGCAGGGAAGCAGGUGCUUCACGAAGGCUCCCUGGAGAGCAGCCCUGAAGUUCACGGCCACGCUGCCGGCUGCCUCCGGAUUUCUCCUCGGCAAACUCGAACGUUCCAGAGGCAGUUCUGGGAAACGCGGCUGCCAGCUUGGCACGGGCCGAACGCUGGUGUCCGCCCCAACCCCCUAGGUUGAGGUCUGACCCCACCGUGACAGUACUUGGGGACAGGCCUCCGGGGCCAUGAGGCCCAGAGGGCGGGACCCCUCGACGAGAAGGCGGCGGACGCGGUCUCACCUGGAACCGCCCCUAAGACGACAGCGGCCAACCUGACUGAGCGCUUCCCGGUGCCGGGGCGCCCGCCCUCAAGGUCCCCGCCGUCGGGAGUCGGCGGCGGGUGGGCCCCGAGGCCGCAGCCCCGAACUUUAGGAGCAGGGACGGGCGCCCGCGCCCAUGACAGCGGCCCGCGCGGCAGAAGGCGCGCCCCGCUUCCGGCCCGCAAGAGGCGGUGCGACCGAGGCCCCGUCGGGCCAGUCGCGCCGCUUCCGCCGUACUAGUCCCAGCCAAUCCGGCCCAUCUGAGCCAAUCCCGGCGCGCGCCGUGGGCGCCGGCCCAUUGCAGCCAAUGAGAGAAAGAUCAACUGAAAUUGGCAAGCUUCUGAGUUCUUACCUGGAAAAGAAGAGCGAGGUGGAGGACCACUCGGUGCACCUGCUCUUCUCUGCGAACCGCUGGGAACACGUAUUCCCUCACGGCUGGCUUCCUAAGUCCGCCUCACGAUCUCCACUCUUCCUCUUCUCUCCCGUCCCGGCGGCCUGCUCUCCGGAAAGGCUGCUCCACCUUGGAUUAAGUGAUGCCAGUGGACGGACGUUCAGGUGGUUGUGCCUUGUUCCCUCUCACAAGCCGCUCAUUAAGGAGAAGCUGAGCCAGGGCGUCACCCUGGUCGUGGACAGGUACGCCUUUUCCGGGGUCGCCUUCACCAGCGCCAAGGAGAAUUUCUCUCUGGACUGGUGCAAGCAGGCGGACGUGGGCCUCCCCAAGCCGGACCUGGUCGUGUUCCUGCAGCUGCAGCUGCCGGAGGCCGCCGCGAGGGGCGAGUUCGGCCGUGAGCGCUACGAGAGCAGCCCUUUCCAGCAGCGGGCCCUGCAGCGCUUCCAGCAGCUCCUGGGAGACUCCAGUCUGCCGUGGAAGGGACUCAUGUUUGUACGGCUUACUCACCAGCAACCCGUUUUCCUCGCAAUUGGAGGCGCAGAUGGCCCCAGACAGUGGACGCCUCCAGGAGCAUCGAGGACGUCCACCGGGAAAUCCGCGUGCUGUCUGAGGGCGCCAUGCGGGCCGCUGCACACAGGCCGCUGGGGCAGCUGUGGACGUAGAGGGACAGGACCCCCGUCUGCCAUCCGCAAGGCAGGAGCCGCGUGUGCACAGCGACCGGGGGGCGAAGCAGGGCUCCCCGUGGAGCGGCCUGCGGGGUGGCCUUCUCCUGCCCUCACCUGUGCCCCGAAGAUACUAAUAAAUUAGUUAUUGUGUUCUGCUUA